CCUUCUAUCGAUCACAAAACCGAAACUCCUUGGUGUUUAAACACAAACAACCCCAUCAAUGGCUGAAGCUUUCUCAGAAACCGACCCAGAAUACGAUUCCGAUGAUUCCGUUAUGGACCCGAGUUACAGCACUCUUGAAGAAACCCAAGCCAAGUUAUCAAAUCUCUCAAUCAAGGCUAAAUCAACGGCUCGUAUUGUGAAGGUUAUUGAUCUUGAUGAAGACCUUGGUGGAGAGGAAGUGGUUGUGCCUGAGCUUAAUCAGAAUGAUGCCAAAAGCUUUGAACAUGUCCAAAUGAUGAUUCAAGACAAACAGAUUGAGAAACUGAAAGUGGAGCAAUGUAAGCUCUACUUGAGGAAGAAUGGGUUGAGACUGACCGGCAAUAAGGAUACGCUCAUUCAGCGGAUUAAGGAGCACCUUGAGAUUUUGAAUGGUGGAGGAGAGAAGAAGUACCCUGCAUCUAGCUUUGUUCUAAAUUGUAAAGGUGAUGCAUGCACGGGCGAUGUUGUCAUGUUUGAACAAAAUGUUUAUGAAAUGUUUGACAUAGCAUCCAGGAGUGGGAGAGGCCCUCCAUGCGGCACAAGGAUUGUUGCAGGUCGUAUUGUGAAAGAAAGCUAUGGCGCUGCCAAACAGCAGCACACAUUUACAAUUGAAGUACUCUGGAGCAAGGGAGAGAAACCACUCCCUCCACUUCAUCCCCUCCUAAUCAAGGGUCGGAAUCUUUACCGGUUGAAAACAUUGAGACAGAGGUGGGAAGUUGAAGGGGAGAGGCAGAAAGCUUUGAUGGAAAAGCACUUGAGGGGAUCUGUAGCUAGGUCUGACAGAGAAGCACGUGUCCAAGAGAAGACAAUGAGGAAAACGAAGACAAAUAGGGGUUCACAAAAGGAGGAGCCAAAAAACAAACAGUCUCACUUGAGCUCAACCUCAACUUUCAAAUCAUCAGUUCAGCCUCAUCAUUCUCGUGCACUUGUUAAUCCAGCAAACAUCCAUCAAUCAGUUGGUCCAGGAAAUACAAAAAUGGGAACUCAGCAUUUGGGAUCUACUGACUCCGCAAAACCAGCAACUCUAGUUCACCAUUCAGUGGGACCAGAAACUCAACCUAGAGACCCUCAGUCUCACUCAGUGAUUGUUGAUCAUGGAAAAGUUACAACUCAACCUCAAGUAAAUAAGCAUUCACUAAUGCAAGGUAGUUACUUCAGUCAAGUUUCUCAAAGGCAGCCGUUUCUAAGCGUGAACCACUCUUUCCCGACUAGUACACAAGGCCAAAAGCAGGUGUGUCGUUAUUAUGCUCAGGGCAGAUGUUAUUUUGGUGACAACUGCAAAUUCUCUCAUGACAUGAGAGAGAAUCACAGUGGAAGGAUGGAAGAGACGCGGCCUUGUAAUUAUGGAGACAGCUACAAAUAUUAUCAUAAUGUGAGGGAGAAUUACAGUGAAAGGAGGUUCUACAACCCGAAUUUGUAAAAUCAAGUUACAGCUCCGAAGACAAACACGGUGAUAAUCGGUUCAAUUUUAAUGUCUUUUUACUUUGUGACUUGUGGAAACUUUUGAAUAAGUUGAUGGAGAUAAUUCUUGAUCUCUCAUUAUUCCCUUUUGGAUUCUUCAUUCUUGACUAUUUUCUAAUGACCAUUGUUCAGCUGUCCAGCUUAAAAUU